AUGCAAGCCACCAUGCCGCCUCCCUCUCGAGGCCCCGAAUUGUCACCCGUGUCUACUGCGGGUAGCGAGUGGUCUGGGGUCAAUAACUAUAACCAGCUACCACGAAACGAUGGACCGUCCACCCCGUUCAAUGCCUCCGGAGACGAUUAUCUUUUUUCUAAACCACUACCCAGCCUUCGUCCUCCUCCUCCUCCUCCUAAUGGAAAUAUGGGCUUUGGACCUGGCCAACUCGAUCCGACGGGACCAGUUCGUCCCUCAGAAUCCGGAUCUCGAGGCUCCUCACGCGCCGGUUCCAUCGCCAAUUCGCGAUCCAGUGAUGGCACAAUAUCUGACGAGCAGAGCAGAAAAUACAGGAGGAUGGAGGCCGAGUUACUUCGACAUUACACCGUUUUGAAGGGAUAUCUCAAAGGGGGAGCUCAGGCCCCACCUCGGCCUAACAAGGCACGGGAUAAGUUAUUGCGAUUAUCCCCCGUCCAAUUCCACGAAUUGAGUACCGAUGUCUUUGACGAGUUACAACGGAGACAAGCAGCAACACCCCUGCCUGGACGCCCACCGCGGCAACAGAACGUGCCUCCGUUUUUGCAACCGCGUCCGGAUUUCCAUGAAAAGCGCAAUCAAGCCAGACAGAAACUGUCAUCCCUCCAGACUCCAAGAUUUCGAGACUUAUCAACGGAUGUCUUUUGCGAACUAGAAAGAAGGUUCCCACAAUUUUCGAGACCAGAUGGAGGAAGAAGAGACAGCUCUCGCUCACAAUCACGAGGUCCACGCGGCAGUGGCUCAAGAGAUGGCCCUGCCGGUCCAAAUAGCUUUGGGCCGCCACCACGAUCCCAAUCUUUUGGCGUUUCCGGUCCCGGACUUCCCCCCAAGCCGGACUCGGUGACGAACAUCCCUCAAUUUGACAAUCCCCCGUCGAACGACUACGGCCGGCCCAUGGCGAAGCAAUUUCAAAGUAACACCAUUACGCCGAACAAAAGUACGAUGGUUGAAGAUGAAGACGACACUCCGGGGACAGAUUCCAAAUAUGAUCGUUCCAGCGAUGCAUUCGGCCUAGAAAGCUCCCUCACCAGCCCUCGAAGCGAUCGAGACACAUCGGCUACUUCUCAGAGCGGAGUCAGCAUGACCUUCAACUCCAAGUCUCAUCCGCUCACUUUGACGGAGCUGCAAGAUAAAGUGGCCGAUUUAGAGUCCAAUUUAGAAGCUAAGGAUGACGAGCUUCGACAGUUGAGCUCCCAAAACGGCGAAUGGACCUUGACGAAGCAAAAUCUCGAGAAGAAGCUGGAAGAGGCCGAGAGGCUCAACGAAUCGUUGAAAGAGGAAAUUGAAAGGCUGAUGGCCGACAAACCACAUUUCAGCGGGGAGAAUGUUCUCUGGAAAACAAAAUACCUUCAACUCGAUCACAAGCACGAAGUAUUACAAGGCCAACUAGCGCAACAGCGAGAAUUGACCGAGGAAGUGAGCCGGCAAGGUCAGGCAUAUCUCGAAGAGAUGAGGACCAUGGCCGAAUCUGGCGGCGGGAAUCUGGAGCGGGAAGAGAAACUCCAAGCAGAGGUUCGCAAACUCGAAGAAGAGGUCAAGGAAUGGAAGGCCCGUUAUGUCAAAGCAAGAACCCAACUCCGGAGUGCUCGAGCCAGUUCGUUAGGACUCAGCAUCGCUCGAACCGACGCCAACCGCCACGCGCUUGCUCUCCAGGACCCGGAUGGAUUGGUCAGAGAUGUCCACGUCACUAAAUUCCAGAUCUCGAUUGAUGAACUGCUCCGGAUGGCUAGAUCGGACACCCCCACAGCCGUGCUUGAUCAUAUGAAAACGGUGGUGUUGGCGGUGCGAGGUAUCACUUCAGACAUUGAUGCCGGAGCGUCUACCGCUAAGGAUGAUGAAGCAUUGAAACGGCGGGCGAAACUUAAAAGCAAAGUGUCGGCAACCGCCAACAAUCUGAUCACGGCUUCCAAGAAUUUUGCCUCGGCCAGCGGACUUUCUCCGGUCAGUCUCGUGGAUGCUGCUGCGUCGCAUCUCACCGCGGCGGUGGUUGAUCUCUUACAUGCCGUGAAGAUUCGCCCCACUCCAGCAGGAGAGCUGGAAGAUGAUGACGAUGGGACGUUGGAACCUCUCCAAAGUAAUGGAUACUUCAACAUUGCUGAAACAUUGAGAAGGCGAAGUGCGGUGGAAAGCGUGUACAGCGCUUUGAGCACCCCGUCCGAGACCAAAAAUCCCCCCAAUCAAACUGGGUCGGAGCUUCAUCAGCGAAAUGGAUCGAACUACAUGAACGGAGCCGGGCUUGGUAUUAAGUCCACGCAUGGCGCCAGCCAGGAGGAAGCCGACCUCGAGGAUCUCAAGAUGUAUCUCGAAGAUCAGACGGAUGGGUUGGUUCAAUCGAUUACCUCCCUGGUUGAUGCUAUCCGUGGUGACAAGCCGACGCCAACCAUUCGUAAUCAUCUCACAACGAUUGCUAGCGCGAUUGAGAAUAUUGUAAAUUCGGUGGAAAGAACGGGCAAUGAGCCAUCUUCUUAUCAAACAGCAUUGACAGAAAAGUCACGUCCGAUGAUGACGAUUUUACAAGAGUGUCGAGGAAAGAUUCUUCAGGCCAGCACAGACUCGGCAGCAUAUGACGGGAAACCCGAGGGUAAAGAGCUGACGCAGAAGUUGCCGCCGUUAGCAUUCCAGAUUGCGCGAGAAACCAAAGAAUUGGUAUCCAGAAUCAUGGCGAUUGAAGUGGGAGUGGGACGGGGCGAUGAUGACUUCAGCUGA